AUGGCCUCCCCCUCCAUGCCCAAGAUCAUCCUCAUCCUCGGCGCCGGAUCGAACAUCGGCGCCGCCCUGGCCCAGGCCUUCGCGGCCAAGGGCUACAAAGUGGCCAGCGCGUCUCGCACGCCGCCCAAGACCACUACUACGGGCGUUCCCCCGGACCUGCAUAUCCCCGUCGACCUGGCCAAGCCGGAGACGGUGCCGGCUGUGUUUGAGAGGGUCCGCAAGGAGUUGGGCGGCGAGGUGGGCGUGGUCGUGUAUAAUGCCGCCCUCUUCAGCCCUGACCCGGCCGAUCCCUUGUCCCUCUUCACCCCGGAGUCCAUCCAGGGCUACCACGCGUCACAAUCGGUGAACGCGACGGCGGCACUGGUGGCGCUGCAAGAGUCCGUGAAGGCGUUUCGGAAGCUGCCCGCUACCGCGGCGUCUUCCUCCUCCAAGACGUUCAUCUUCACGGGCAACAUGCUGAACGUCAAGACGCUCAAGGGCAUGCUGAACUUCGGGCUGGGCAAGACGGCCACCGCGUAUGCGAUCCGCUAUCUGGUCGAGAACAAGAUCUACGCCGAUGAGGGGUUCAAGUUCUACUACGCCGACGAACGCACCCCAGAGGGCAAGCCAGUGGGCACCGCCGUGUCCGGCUCCGCCGCGGCGGUCGAGUACGUCAAGCUGGCCGAGCAGCAGGACCAGGGACCCUGGCUGUACACAUUCGUCAAGGACGCUGGGUAUAAGGACUUUGAGAGGGCUGAGCGUUUGUAA